AAAAUAUUUCUAAUAGAGAGUAAUAAAUAAUCUUUAUAAUAUAAAAAUUUACUAAAUAAUUAAGAGUACUUCUUUUCUUUUUUUAAUAUUUUAGACGAUAACUUAAGAUAAAACAAUAAAUUAGCCCUUAAUUAUUAUUUUAAAAUGCCAGAAAAUGACAUAUUCCCUAAUGGCUUAGUGUUUGAGAAAAUGUUUCAUUAUAUUUGGACAUAAUCAGAUAUGUUUGAAUAAAAACUUAAUGUGAAUCUACCUCAAACAGUUAUUUUCAAAAACAGCUUACCAAUAUUUUGGUAUUUCACAGAUAAAAAUGGCCAAAUAAAAAAGAAAAAGACAGAAAAACACACACCUGAAAAUAUUUACGAAGUGUUCACCAAAAAAAUACCCAAAUGUGGGGUAGUUGCUCAAUUGCUUUAUCCUACUACCUGCGAAAACGAAUUUAAUCCAAGAACUAAUAUUAAUCCAAAAGGUUAAAUAUCUGGAUUGCAUUAUAUUGAUUCUACAACAGAAGCUAAAAUUCGCUAUCUGACUGAAGAAGAUUUGGCUAAAUUUUUAAAUGGGGAAAUGCAAAUCAGUUCUGGUGUUCUUUAACAAUUCAUAGAACCAGCUACACUUCAUAAUGAUUCUAUUUAAGUGGUAUAUACUCCAAGGGUUGUUCUAAUGAAUAAAAGAGUUAAUACAAAGAAUCUUUACAACUAAAAUGUAGAUAUUUAUGAAAGGUGCUGCACUUUUGAUGGACCUGAUUACUUUUCUUAAAAUUUAUAAAUGUCUGGCCCGAUUUCAAAGGAAAUGACAGAGUAAGUUGAUAGAAUUAUGGGACAUCUUGAAACUAUUUCAUACGGAUUAUUCAAUAUCUUGAAAAUACACCUUUAUUUUAAAAUUGAUGCCAACAGAAAAAUUUGGUUUCUGUGGGCUGGAGGUGUUUCGAUGCAUAACAUAAGUGAUAAAUCUAACAGCUAAAAGCCAUAACAAGUUAUAUCUCAACCAGAAAUAUAAAUUCCUGAUAUUCACCAAUCGGUCAGCAUUAAGAGAAAGCCAAUAUAGCUACAGAAAGAAUUGUUUUGUUUAAAAUGUAAUAAAAAAGGAAGAUCAGUUGAUUUUUUUGAAUUAAAGUUUUCAGAUUUACUAAACGAAUAUGAUAACACUGAGACAUAAAAAAUAACAGCAUAAAAUCCAUAUAAUUAAAAUAAAGUUUUUGGAAAAAAUUAAAGAGAGGAUAUGUUAGGACAAACACUCACAAAUACAUUUAUGGAAUUUAAAUAGAUGAAUUAAACUGGAAAUUACUCGAGUUCUAAAAAAAACCAUGAAGAAUAGUUAAAAAAGCAAGCUGAGAAGCAUACAGUUUAUAAAAAUAAAGAAAUUCCUUCUUUCUUUACACUUCUUUUUCCUAAAUUAGAUACAGAAAACUUCUCUCAAAUAUCAUAAACUUUUUAUUUUAAGAAUCAAAAAAUUAUGGUUUGCAGAGAAUGCUACCUUGAAUUUUCAUCUCUGUACCAAAAAUAAAUUGAAACAUUCAAACAGCAAAAUAGUGAUUAUUCAUCCACUGCCACUUCAUUUUCAGAUAAAAGAAGUACAAAUAGAUCUAACUCCUAUAUGAAAUUCUAAAACAUUUAAUCAGAGUAAAAGAAAAUAAAUUAAGAGUUUUAAAAAAAACUUCGAUCACUAAGCGAAGAUAAGCUGAAAUCUAAUGAAAAAAUCCAAAAACUAUUUAAACUGGCUAAACUUGGUAAGGCUGAAGAUUAAAUAGAAUAAGAAAAUAAGAAAUCUAAUUUAAGUUUGAAUGAGAACUAAAAAGAUAAAAGCGAUUACUGUAAUUUGGACACAUCUAAUUCAGGUUAUAAUUUUGAUGAUAAAAGCCAUAAUACAGCUUAAUUUUUUAAAAAUGAUGAACCUUCUUCUACAAUGAAAACAAUCUAAAAGUAAAAUGAAAAUACAAUACAAGAAACCUUAAAAUUAAUAAACGAAAUCUACUCUAAUAAAAAUAUCAUGAACACUAAUUAAAAAUUACAAAAUAGACCUAAACCUUAUUAAACCUAUAAAUACAAUUAAAUUGAUACUGCAAAGUUAAAAUAAAAAAUAUAAUCAGCUAUAUCUUUAAAAAGCGAUAUUUUCAACAAGCAAAAGACAACUAAUCUUACUGAACAAACCACAAAUCACACAGAACCUAAUUUAACAAAUGAAGAACUUAAAACUUAAAAAACAGAUUUCUCUGCAAUUACAUAAAAGAAAGAAUAAAUCCCAUAAAAAGACAUAUCAAAAAUCAUAGCAACUAAUCCCUAUAAAUUCAGUUACUAUGAAGUACUAAAAAAAUAAGAAUUAUCGCCAAAAAAUGUCCAAGAAUCCAAAACAGAUAGUGAACCUUUGAAACCAAGAAUUAUAGUAAGAUCAAAACGUGCUCAUAGUUAAAUUAAUUUUUUACCAAAGGAUACUCCUUCCAAAUAACCCUCAAAUCAAUCUUCAUAAAAAAGACUACUAAGAACAACUUCUUCUUCAAUUCAAAGAUUUCCAGUUAAAAUGAUAUCAGAAAGACAUUCUGAAAAUUCAAACAUUUGA